AUGACAUUCUCACCCUUAAGACCUCUACCACCACUUCACAGAGAGCCCAGAGAGUCCAGAUCUCCGGAUAAAUUAGAAGCAUUAGCCCUGUUGGCCGUUCCUAAUACAGGUGAAGCCGCCCGGGAAAACCUGCUACCUUGCCACAGUGUGCGAAUCAAGCUCGAAGCACGUGAAUUUGAAGAGGCAAGACAUGUGUGAUGUAUGUUAAUGCCAUGCCUGUACUAGGCAUGACGGGUAACUAAUUAAAUCAGUUGUUACACUCAACAUGGUGUGGUUUGGUCGUACAUUACAUGGUACCAGGAGUGGGGUUCGAACCCACGCGGACAAUACGUCCAUUGGAUUUGCCUCUCUAUCACUCCUGCUUUCACCAUUCUUUCAAGCUCAUCUUUGAUUCUGCCCUUCAGUGCAACCGGUACCUUUCUUGGUGGAUGUACCACUGGGAUGACUGUUGGGUCAAUUCUGAUGGUAUGUUUACCUGGUAAACAUCCAAGCCCGUGGAAGAGAUCUGGAUAUUCUAGUAGAAUAUCUGGACGUGCAUCAGUAAUAACCGACGAGUCUAUGACAGAGUUCACCCGCUGGACUAAAUUGAGAUCCUUGCAUGCUUGUGCACUUAAGACGGACAGCACAUCACCUUCUGCAAUGUAAAACUUCAUGGGGUACGUUUUGUCCUUGUGUUCGCAUAAGAGUGUUGUGCAACCAUGAAUAGGUAUCUGGUGGCCAGAGUAUGACCUUAACUUGGCUGCUGUAGGUUGAAUUGUUGUCUCCCCUCCUAGAGUCUUUAACGUCGUUAAAGACAUAACAUUGCAUUUCGCUCCAGUGUCUAACUGAACAAUAACUUUCUUGUUGUUGACGGUCAGCUCUUCGCGCCAUUCACUGAGGCUAACUGCAUUUACUGCAUCUAUACAACCCACAUAAAACAUGUCAUCUUCACUUUCGCUGCUGGUUUCUUUUGUCCGAGCUUCAUCGCCACUUCCGCAUUUUUCCACAUAUCGGACAGUUCUUCUCUUCUCUCUUGACUUGCAGACUUUGGCAAAAUGAUUUAACUUGGCACAAAUCAGACAUUUCUUUCCCUUAGCCGGACAUUCUGCUUUACUGCUGUGUAUGUAGCCACACAUUCCACACUCCUGUUCAACUCCCGGUCUGCCAAGUUUCCUCUUGUCCAAUUUCUCACUCUGCCUUGAGCUUGAUUCACUUUAACAGCGUGAAUCUUGCUGUCUUAAAUCCUCCAUGGUUUUGAGUUGCGUUUGAGACAUUUCCAGUGUGAGUGCAAUUUCAACCGCUUUCUCUAACGACAAUUCAGAUCCGUCUUGUAUCAACUUUUCUCGCACUUUCUUGGAGUUGCAACCAAUGACAAUUCUAUCCCUGACCAUUUCGUCUGGAUCUGCAUAUCCACAAUCUUUCACUAGCAGCUUGAGGUCAAUAAGAAACUGUUCGAAUGGCUCAUUAUCGCCCUGAACUUUCUUGUGAAACUUGUAUCUAGCAAAUACCUUAUUCGAUUUCGGCUUCACAUGGGCUUCGAACCUCUCGUAGUAGCUGUUAAGCUUUUUCUCCUCUCCAUCUCCAAACGUCCAGGUCUGAUAUAUGUCUCUUCCCUUUUCUCCUACCCAAAUCAUGAGAUAAUUGCAUUUCUGUUCCUCCGAUUUCGACUUUAACGGUCCGCCAAACAUAAAUUCAAGAUGGCGUCGAAACGACUUCCACGCAGUCGGUAAAUCCUUGCUGUUCCAGUCCAUUUUUGGUGUAUUUGCCGAUGACAUUUCCUCCAUUUCUUCUUAAACGUGAUACGGAACUCUUUUUCACGAUGGAUGGCUACUCUAACGGGUCAUUCAACUCGAUUUACUCAGUGAUAGAGAGGCAAAUCGAACCAACAGCAUGGGUUAGCAGUAUGGUUACUGUGGUCAAGCCGAAUAAGAUUCGCAUCUGUUUAGAUCCUAGAGAUUUAAACCUAGCUGUUAAACGAGAACACUUCCCUAUGAAGACGAUUGAAGAGAUAGUUGCAGACAUGCCAGAUGCCAAAGUAUUCUCUGUGUUGGAUGCAACAUCGGGAUUCUGGCAAAUAGAAUUAGACGAGGAAAGCUCGAAGUUGUGCACGUUCAACACCCCCUUCGGGAGGUAUCGAUUUAAAAGGCUCCCUUUCGGAAUCAAAUCGGCCCCUGAGGUGUUCCAGAGAUACAUGACCGAGAUGUUGGAGGGCAUACCUGGAGCAGAGCCCAUUGCAGGAGCAAUUGUGGAUGACAUACUGAUCUGGGGCAGCAGUACUGACCAGCACGAUGCAAGGUUGAGACAAGUCCUAAACAGAGCGAGAGAGGUUGGUCUCAAGUUAAAUAGCAAGAAAUGCCAAGUGAGGAAAGACCAUGUCCCCUAUGUAGGACAUCUCCUGACCAGUGAGGGUUUGAAACCGGACCCAGAGAAGGUCAGAGCAGUCGAAGCGAUGCAACCACCACAGAAUGUUAAAGAACUCAGAACAUUCCUAGGUUUUAUCCAAUACCUUGGAAAAUUUCUGCCUAAUCUAGCUGCUGAAAGUGCACCUCUCAGGCGACUAUUGGAGAAAGGAGUAGUCUGGCGUUGGAACAAAGAACAGCAACAAAGUUUUCAAACACUCAAGCAGAUGGUAACCAAAUCUCCGUACUGGGCUACUACAACCCAAACAAGCCUGUCACCCUCAACGUUGACGCUAGUGCUAACGGACUUGGUGCAGUAUUGCUACAAGAGAACAAGCCGAUUGCAUAUGCUUCUAGAGCCUUGACUGUUGCGCAGCAGAAGUUUGCACAGAUUGAGAAGGAGUUACUUGCAAUAGUUUACGCCUGCCAGAAGUUUCAUCAGUGCGUUUAUGGACGAACAGUGCACGUGGAGUCUGACCAUAAACCGCUCGAGAGGAUCUUAGCACAGAAUCUUCAUCAGGCACCUCCGCGAUUGCAGAAGAUGAUGAUGAGCCUACAAAGGUAUGACCUCAAGGUUACAUACAAGCCUGGGAAUGAAAUGCAACUAGCAGAUACCCUUAGUCGCCAUUACUUGCCAGAAACCAAAGAAACGCUCGUGGAGGACUUAGAAGUCAGUGACGUGUGUCUCACAGCUUAUCUUCCCAUCUCACAGGAAAAGUAUCUAGAGCUUCAACAAGCUACAGCAGCAGACCCAGUAUUGCAGUCCCUAACUGACACAGUACUAGAGGGAUGGCCAGAUAGCAAAGCAAAGCUGUCCCCAGACCUCCGACAGUACUGGGCGUAAAAGACGAAAUUUCAGUCAUUGAUGCACUGCUGUUUAAAGGGCCAAAAGUGAUAGUGCCUCACACCCUGCAGUCAGAAAUGUUAGACAAAAAAUACACGAGGGGCACUUUGGGGUUGUCAGGUGCAAACAGCGGCGAGAGAUGUGCUGUUCUGGCCAGGGAUGUCGAUGCAAAUUGAAGACAAAGUAGCCAAGUGCUAUACAUGCAGUCAGCACCAGAGACAGCAAGCCAAAGAACCAAUGAUACCACAUGAUUCCCCAAACAGGCCAUGGGCAAAAAUAGGCACAGAUUUGUUUGAAAUGAACAGUCAUCACUACUUGUGUACUGUUGACUAUUAUUCUAAGUGGAUGGAAGUAGACCAACUCGAAAACCAAAGCAGUAAGGCGACAGUUAAUGCACUGAAGAAGCACUUCUCAAGAUAUGGUAUACCCGAUGAAGUCAUAAGCGACAAUGGGCCUCAGUUCGGAGCAGCCGAGUUUGCGGAGUUUGCAAAGGACUAUGAGUUCACGCACACAACAACCAGCCCUCACUACCCGCAAUCAAAUGGACAAAUUGAAAGAGCAGUUCAAACAACCAAAAACUUGAUGUCAAAGUCCGUCGACAUAAAUAAAGCCCUGCUUAGCUAUCGAACCACGCCACUUGACGCAAUUAACAAGUCCCCAGGUCAACUGAUGAUGGGUCGGCGCCUGAAAACAACAUUACCUACCACUGCAGAAUUGUUGAGACCGCAAGGACAGGAAGAAGUAGUCGGAAGCUCAAAAAGUGAAAGAAACGCAAAAAACAUUAUUUUGAUCGACACUGUGGACGGGAGUUGGAAUCACUUCAAACUGGAGAUACUGUCACGAUGAAACACAGAGACGAGUGGGUACCGGCUGUAGUGUCAUACAAACAUCACACUCCUAGAUCUUACGUAGUUGAGACAGCAAGUGGAAGGAAAUAUCGCAGAAACAGACGACACCUCAAUCGCAACAGGGCACCAGGAGAACAGAAAUUUGAGUAUAUCAACAGGGCACCAGGAGAACAGAAAUUUGAGGCCAGACCAGAGCAGACUGAGAUAACCUUACCUCCAACUAACGUGCAGAGGGAAACCGCUAAGCCAGUAGCUAAGCCAAGCCAAGCCGCUAAGCCAGUAGUGGCUGCAGAAGAACCUGUUACAGUGACCAGGUCGGGACGUUUGGUUAAGACCCCAUCAUACCUAAAGGACUGUUACACUUGAAGGGAAUGGAGCAAUUGAAUGGAACGUUGAAUGCUGAAUGCGAAUUUGUGAAUUUGAACUUACGAGUUUUUAAACUGAUUUCGAACUGAUUUUGUUAUUUAUUUUUUUUUUGUGUGUGUGUUAUUUUCCAUUGUUUAUUAUUAGUUCGGUCUUUGUUGGAGAAAGAGAGAUGUGAUGUAUGUUAAUGCCAUGCCUGUACUAGGCAUGACGGGUAACUAAUUAAAUCAGUUGUUACACUCAACAUGGUGUGGUUUGGUCGUACAUUACAACAUGCAAGUAAAAAAGAAUACGAAAAGAAAUUCCGGUAGGUCAUGAAAGAAUUCAAGUUGAAUUAGUUUUGUGUUUCCGAACCACGCGGUGGCUCGUUUAGAAUCAAACGUUGUCUAGAAUUACGCUACUAGUUUGCGAUAUUUGAAUUUGUUUUGCCAUGUUCGCGCACGGUAGCCUCUAUGAGAAGUAAUGAUGUUGUGUUUUCUUCUUGUAGACAAACGCUGCGUGAUCUUAGAUGUCUUCCUCUGUGCUCCUACACAGAUUGGGUCUUUAACAACGUUGAAUGCCAUUGCAAUAUUCGUUUGGGAACUCUAAGAUUAUUAAUAGACGAUUUCAUAAAUUUUAUGAAUUAUCGCGAAUUUAAUCCUGUC